CAACGUUGAUGAGCACCGUGUUUUCAUAAAACCUGCUUCCAUCAACACCAAAUUCUGGAUAUCCCACUGCGCAGGCGACCACCCGAUAUUUCUGCGGUCCUUUUUGUCUAUUCCUACUCUGUAUAUUCACUGGAAACACUCGCAAGCGGUGCCCUUACAGUCUCCAACUCAUCGUAACGCGUUCUAAUCCCGAGAAUGACAAACUUGCCGGCAGUCGUGAUUGACAAUGGGACAGGGUACACGAAAAUGGGGUACGCUGGUAACAACGAUCCGCAGUUUAUCAUUCCUACCACCAUUGCCACACGAGAAACGCCGUCCGGAAACCUUGCCGCAAAAAGGGGAAUCGAGGAUUUGGACUAUUACAUUGGAGACGAAGCCAUCUUAAACUCGAAAACAUACGGAAUUAACUACCCUAUUCGCCACGGACAGGUUGAAAACUGGGAUCUGAUGGAAAAGUUUCAUCAAGCCUCAAUUUUCCAGUAUUUGCGAUGUGAGCCAGAGGACCACUACUUCCUGCUGACUGAGCCGCCGUUGAACCCGCCCGAAAAUCGCGAAUACACUGCUGAAAUCUUUUUCGAGUCCUUUGGUGCCAAGGGAAUAUAUAUUGCGGUCCAAGCGGUUCUGGCCUUGGCUGCUAGUUGGACUAGCGGAAAAGCUGAUCAGACGUUGACGGGAACAGUUAUUGACAGUGGAGACGGUGUAACACACGUUAUUCCAGUUGCGGAAGGCUACGUCAUUGGUUCGUCAAUCAAACAUAUCCCCAUUGCUGGACGUGACAUUACCCAAUUCGUGCAGCAGCUUCUGCGCGAACGCGAAAACAGUAUCCCACCUGAAGAUUCUCUAGAGGUUGCCAAGCGCAUCAAGGAGAUGUACUCUUAUGUAUGUCCCGACAUUGUUAAAGAAUUCAAGAAGUACGACAGUGAACCCGACAAGUGCUUCAAGAAGCACGAGUUCCUGCACAGUGUUACCAAGAAGCCAUACAAUGUAGAUGUAGGAUUUGAACGGUUCCUAGGACCCGAGAUCUUUUUCAACCCAGAAAUUGCCAGCCCUGAUUUCUUAACUCCUCUUCCUGAAGUUGUUGACACUACAAUUCAAAGUUGCCCCAUUGACACACGGAGAGGCUUAUACAAGAACAUUGUGCUGUCAGGAGGGUCUACCAUGUUCAAAGAUUUUGGGCGACGACUGCAACGCGAUAUCACGAGAAUUGUCGACAACCGCCUGAAACACUAUGAAGUCCUUUCCCAGGCGAAUAUCAACAAGGAUCAACAAAUUCAACCCAAGAUGAUUGAUGUGAAUGUUGUAUCGCACAAGCGGCAGCGGUAUGCCGUAUGGUUUGGUGGAAGUUUGUUGGCGGACACGGCGGAAUUCUACAGUUACUGCCAUAGCAAGGCGCAGUACGACGAGUACGGCCCAAGCAUUGCUCGAUUCAACAGAGUAUUUGCAUCGAUUAUGUAGAAUAGACGCAAUUACAGCGUAACAAUAUGGUGUAGCAAAUACCCGCAAAUUUUGAGAAUAUGUAUCAAAAAAAGUUGCCGACUUUACUCAAGGUCUCCCCGUUUGGGGAUUAACUACCCUUUGGCGAAC